UUAAGGUUUUCUAGAUGCCUUCUUGAGCCUGCUUGUGGCCACCCACAGACACUUGUAAGGAGGAAAGAAGUCAGCCUGGAAGAGAAAAUCUCAAAUAAGGGAUUAGAGACCAGAAUCUAAGGAGCAACUGCUACAUCCAGAAGACAAGGUAAAAGGCCCUGAAGAUACUUCUACUCAGAGGUCUGCCAUGGCCUCUCUUGGUGUACAACUUGUGGGCUACAUCCUAGGCCUUCUGGGACUUUUGGGCACAUUGGUUGCCAUGCUGCUCCCCAGUUGGCGAAUAAGUUCUUAUGUUGGUGCCAGCAUCGUAACAGCAGUCGGCUUCUCCAAGGGCCUUUGGAUGGAAUGUGCCACACACAGCACAGGCAUCACUCAGUGUGACAUCUACAGUACCCUUCUAGGCCUGCCCGCUGACAUCCAGGCUGCCCAGGCCAUGAUGGUCACAUCCAGUGCAUUCUCUUCACUGGCCUGCAUGAUCUCUGUGGUGGGGAUGAGAUGCACAGUGUUCUGCAAGGAAUCUCAAGCCAAAGACAGAGUCGCAGUGGUGGGUGGAGUUUUCUUCAUCCUUGGAGGCCUCCUGGGCUUCAUCCCUGUUGCCUGGAAUCUUCAUGGGAUCCUGCGAGACUUCUACUCACCAUUGGUGCCUGACAGCAUGAAAUACGAAAUUGGAGAGGCUCUUUACUUGGGCAUUAUUUCUUCCCUGUUCUCUCUGGUAGCUGGAAUCAUCCUCUGCUUUUCCUGCUCAACCCGGGGAAAUCGCAACAACUACUAUGAUGGUUAUCAGGCACAGCCUCUUGCCACCAGGAGCUCUCCAAGGCCUGGUCAACAACCCAAAGCCAAGAGUGAGUUCAACUCCUACAGCCUGACAGGAAAGAAGCUAGAGAGAAAAAGUAGACUUGAGAAGAUGGAAGAAAAGAGGAUGGCUUUUACCCUCACCCAGAUCUCUAAGAAUCUAGAAUGAGACAAAAUCAUGAUU